UCCCCAGCUGGCGUUUUGUUCGAUCCUUCCUGAUAACAACUCGAAUUUCGACCAUGCUGGACAUCACGGAAAUGUGCCGCGUUUGCCGGGACGAAUCCGACUGUCUGGUGGACCUCUUCGCAGAUUCCUGUCCGCCCAGAGGGACGGGGGAUCAGGAGCCGCAAUUGGCCACGAUGCUGCGGGAGUGCACCGGAUGCAGCGUGAAAAGAGCGGAUGGAAUGCCGCAGUUCAUCUGCGUGGAGUGUGCGGGGGCCACGAGGAAAGCCUUCCGGCUGAGACGUCAAUGCCGGAAGAGCCACCAGUACUUCGAACAGCUCCGUGUGAUGGUCAAGGAGCUGGAGGGCAUUGAGGCUCGCCUGAAAAUGGAGAAGCCCGCUGGACCACCGAAGCCUGAGCCGUGCGUCCAGGCGGGAGCCCCUGCAGAAGCUUACCAACCUCAAGACCUGGAACCCCUCUUUGUAGAGCUCGUGGAGCAGAAGUACAAGUCGCUGGCUUCGGAGGAGCAACUCAUGGAAAUGGAGUCUGCAGUAGAGCGGCCAGCCGAUGAUAAAGACAUUCCAAAGAAGAGGGCGAGGUCGUGUUCGGAAAGUGAGUCCUGGAGUCCUGAAAGUGAAUGCUCCAAGGACGAGGAUGAGCAAUGGGGAGGCUCGAAAAAGAGCAAAGCAAAGAAGUUACGCCAGGCCUUUCAGUGCAUCCAUUGCGACUUAUCCUUUGCCCACAAAAUGCACCUGGAGAUCCACAUGCGUGUUCACACGGGCGAGCGUCCCUUCAAGUGCUCCUAUUGUCCGCGAUCCUUCGCCCAGAAGGGCAAUUUGCAAACCCACAUGCGCUGCCACACCGGCGAGCGUCCUUACGGAUGUCCAAUCUGCCCCAAACGCUUCCGGCAAGUCGGCCAACUCCGUGUCCAUAUCCGGGUGCACACUGGCGAACGUCCCUUCAAGUGCACCAUUUGCCGGCAUCGAUUUUCACAGAAGUGCGGCCUAGAAAACCACAUGACCGUUCACACAGGUGUGAAGUUCCAGCCCAAAAAGCGAAGAACCAAAAAGAAAAAUGCCUAAGAAAGUUACGAAUCUUAUUUUUAA